AAGACAAGCGUUUGGACUUGAACUUGGGUGGCAAACAUCAGACCACGUGUUCACAUCUCACACGGUCGCUUCUCCGUUCGUCGGGCAACGCGAAGUUGACUGGACCGCGACAGAAUUUUGGUUAGCCGAAGCGUCUUGAACAUCAUUGACAUUUCGUUGAACGAUUUUGACUUUGACUUGACUUGACAGUUGGCGUGCCAUUGGAAGAGAGGCUAGCUGAGGAUGGCAUCCCUCAACAAGCUCGCCAUCCGAGGCAUUCGAUCAUUUGAUGACAAGCAUGUUCAAGUGAUCGAGUUCUACUCCCCAUUGACAGUCAUCGUCGGGCACAAUGGGAGUGGUAAGACUACCAUCAUUGAGUGCCUCAACUAUGUGACCACCGGGCUCUUGCCAUCGGGCAGCAAGACCGGUGGAGCGUUUGUCCAUGAUCCAAAGAUGGCGAAUGAGAAAGAAGUCAAAGCUCAAGUCAGAUUACGGUUCUGGAACCUCAAUCGACAGCGAAUGACAGCUACGAGAAAUCUCCAAGUGACCACAAAGAAAACCGGAGGUUUGACAUUCAAGACGCUCGAGGGAAUUCUAGCCAAGUCAGACGAGGGUGAUGCAGCGGGAAAGCGAAAUACCAUCUCGACGAAAUGCUCAGAGAUGGACGAAGAGGUACCAUUGCUUCUCGGUGUAUCCAAAGCAAUCCUUGAAAAUGUCAUUUUCUGCCACCAAGAAGAGUCGAACUGGCCAUUGAGCGAACCGGCGGCUCUGAAGAAGAAGUUUGAUGACAUCUUUGAAGCGACAAAGUACACCAAAGCACUGGACAACAUCAAGGCUUUAAGGAAAGAGCGGACCGUUGAGCUAAAAGUCGACAAGGAACGUCUCAAGUUCUUCAAGGCUGACAAGGAAAAGGCAGAAAAGCUCAGGAAACAGCUCGAUGACGAAGUUCGCAAAGAGACGGCUAAACAGAUUGAAGUCGACGAGUUAAAGCAAGGGGUCGACCGGUACAAGAUUCUCAACGUUGAGCAUUAUGCCACAGCAGCUUCUUUCCAGAGCACUUUUGAGAGGGUCGAGAAUCUCAGGGCUAGAAAGACCAUGUUGGAGAAUAAUCGAAAGCACAUUCUUGAAGGAAUGACAGAGAUGACGGAGGAGACGGACGAGCUCGAGCACAUGCUGGAAAACUUUGCGACGCACCUCAAGUCGAUUGAGGGUAAGAAGGCGAUGCAGGUCGAGAUGAGAGAUAAAGAAGAAGCAGCGUUGGAGGAUCUCAGGAAGCGAGAAAGAGGGCUAGCGAGCGCACAAGGCGGACUUGUGGCUAAUAAAAAUAUCUACGAGCGAAACGUCAAGGAGAGAGAGUCUGCCAUUCGACAAGCUGCCAAGACACACGACUUUGCGGGAUACGAUUACUCUCCACUCGAAGAGUCCAAAGUCGUAGAAUUUGUCGACAAGCUUCACGAGCUCGUCAGACGGGCAGAAUCAGAUCUCAAAAAGCUUCAAGCUCAGGGCGCUCGCCGAGAACGAGAUUUGCAGGCUGAAUUGGAUCGGCUGGCAGGUCUGAAGACUUCGGCCAUUGCUACCAAAAAGAGCAAGCAGGAGCAGAUCGCUCAGCUGACAGAGAAGGUCCGCCAGUCUGAAGCCUCCUUCGAGUCUGUCAGCUCGCUUGACGUCGAAAUUGCAUUGCUCGAAUCCAAAAUUGCCGAAGCUGAAGAGCAUCGAUCAAAGCUGGAAAAGGAGAUCCGGGACGCCCGAUUCGAUGAGGCUAUUCGGGAGAAGACAAUGAUUGUCCGCCAGAAGGAGGCAGAGCGGGACAAGGUCAAUGCAGAACUGUCAGUUUUGAAUCGUCAAGCAGAUUCGAGGGCACAACUUGCCAUCAAGAGGAACGAGAGGGUGUCCAAGGAGAACCAGGUCGCUGCAUCCGUUGCAAGUCAUAGUGCACGCUUUGAGGAGCUCAUUGGGGCCAAACUGGAGCCCGGAACCAUGGAGGAGAAGAUUACGAUCGCUUUGGGCAAGCGAGAUCGCGAAGUUCAAGAAGCAGAAUCGUCGUCUGCUGCCAGCAAUCGGAACUUGUCGACUUUGCAGACCUCAUUGAACAUUGCCAAGCGGUCACUGAAGGAGAAGAGGGAGGAAUAUGACAGGAUCGAGAAGGAGGUCAGAUCCGGUCUUGAGGAGACCGGGAAGGAGACCAUCGAAUUGGCGAUUGAGGAGGCGGAGAAUGAAAUCAAGAUUUUGCAAAUCGAGAUGAACGACAAGUCGACAACGGCUGCUUUCUGGGAACAGAUUCUGGCCAAGGCUCAAUCCGACCACAAGUGUAUGGCUUGUGACAGGGCUAUCGCCGAGAGUCAAGCCAAGGCGGUCGAGAACUAUAUGAACCGUCGGGUGGCAGGGAGCAAGCGUGUCAACGUGGACGAACUAAAGGAAGAUGAGAAGAAUUGGAUGGAAGAGUUGCAGAACCGACGAAACCUGCAAACUUUGAACAAGACUAUGGUCGAACUGCGAGACAAAACUAUGCCGCCGCUGGAGAAGCAGGUCGAAGAGGAGACGAUUCAACUCGAUAAGGUCCAGAACGAGGUGGAAGACGCCAAAAUGGGUGUCCAGAAAGCCAAGCUAGCCGUUCGGGACCUGCAGACUCUCAAGAGCGCCGCCACACUCGUUUCUCGUACCCUAGGGGAAAUCACAGAUCUGGCAGCGGAUGUUGCCCGACUGGAGAGGGAUCUCGAGGGCUCUGGUUCACUCAAAACUGUCGAAGAGGUCCAACAUGAGGUGGAUCUCCUGUCCGCCGAGAUUAAGAAUGUCAGUCGCGAUCAACAAGCUUUGGUCUCGGAGAAGGAUCUCAAAUCGAACAGUGUGAGGAGCGCUUCAGACGAUAUUGGCCAGAAGAGGCUUCGUCUGGGUACUCUGAAGAGUCAACAGGAGAAACGUAUGCGGGAUGAGGCGGCUCUGACGGAGUUGCAGGAGACUCUCUCACAGUUGCAGAAUCAGCUCAAAACCCUCGAUAGUUCUGCUCAAUCCGCUGAAGCGCCCUGGCGCGAGAAGAUGGAAGAGCUGAAUCGAUAUCGCACUGAGCGUCAGAAUGCGGAGAAUGAUCAGUCACUCCAAGUCGGGAUAUAUCAGUCGAGUCUGAACGAUUUAGAGUCCAAGCACCGGGCAUGUCAAGCCUACUUGACCGAAGGGAACGAUCGGAAGAUACGCGAAAACGAGGCUCAGAUGGAAGAUCUCAAGAGAGAGAUUGGCCUGACAACCGAAGCUCGGGCAAAGAUCGAUUCUGCCAUCGCUUCUUUACAGGACGAGCUAUCUCGAGCGAAUUCCCUGCGCACCAACAUUUCUGCAAACGUCAGGUACAGAAACGAGCAGAAGGAUAUCCUCAAAGUUCAAGAAGAGCUCGAUGGAAUGGAUGUAGAGGAAGCUGCGAAAGCCAGGAAAGAUUUCAACAAGCGGUUUAGUCAGAUGAUGCAGAGAGAACAGGAGAUCACAAACGAUUGGCAACGCGCGAGCGGAGUACUCAGUCAGGUCAUUGAAAACCGCAAGAGGAUGCAGGAGACCCUGGAGUCAGAGUACAAGAAUAUCGACAAGAUGUUCAAGGAACAGCUUAUCAAGACCAAGGUUAGCGAAGUAGCCAACAAUGAUCUCGAGAAGUACGGCAAAGCGUUAGACAAUGCCAUUCUCAAAUACCACUCGAUCAAGAUGGACGAGAUCAAUGACAAUAUCGGACAUUUGUGGAACAAGACAUACCAAGGAACAGACAUCGAUGGGAUCAAGAUUGUAUCCGAUCACGAUGAGACGACUUCCACAUCGACUCGCAAAUCGUACAAUUACCGUGUGGUCAUGAUCAAGGACAGUGUCGAGUUGGAUAUGCGCGGUCGGUGUUCCGCGGGCCAAAAGGUUCUGGCGUCGAUCAUCAUUAGGCUGGCCCUUGCGGAAUCAUUUGGGCAGGGCUGUGGCGUACUUGCGCUAGACGAACCUACCACGAAUCUCGAUCAAGAAAAUAUCAAUGCGCUAGCAGAGUCGCUUGCAGAGAUCAUUCGUGAACGCCGACGUCAAGCCAACUUCCAGCUCAUUGUCAUCACGCACGACGAGGGUUUCCUGCAGCGUCUGGCGGCCCAUGAUGUGUUAGAGUACUAUUGGAGAGUGCAUAGAGACGCAUCCCAAAAGAGUGCGCUGGAGAGGCAACGUGUGGGACUAUAAAUGUGAGCUGUGGCCUGGAGGGACUGGACACGGAGAUGGGCCUCAAAACAAAAGAGAAAAGGCAUUCAUCAUUAGGUGUUUGUUGUUUAUACCAUUGAAUCAUCUGCAUCAGCAUGCUUUCUGGAACGUGCAAUAAGAUCAUAUGAAGGCCGAGAGAUGAUACGCCUGCACUUGCUGA